UGCCUCGGUGCCCGUGGUCCGGCCUGGUGCCUCGGUGCCCGUGGUCUGGCCUGAUGAUUCGGUGCCCGCUGUCGAGCUUGGUGACCCGGUGCCCGCUGUCAUGCCAGAUGACUCGGUGCCCGCUGUCGUGCCAGAUGACUCGGUGCCUGCUGUCGUGCCAGAUGACUCGGUGCCCGCUCUCAAGCUUGGUGACUCGGUGCCCACUGUCGUGCCAGAUGACUUGGUGCCCGCUGUCGCGCCAGAUGACUUGGUGCCCACUGUCGCACCAGAAGACUCGGUGUCCGCUGUCGAGCUUGGUG